AUGAAUGCUGACAGGAAAGACUACGAGCGCAUCUGUACAGAGUUUGGUGUUGCAGACUUGCAUUUGAUCCGCAAGAAACUGGAAGAGAAGAAGAAGGAGAGGGCGCAAAAAAAGUGUAAGGUGGAUGAAGAGGGCAACCUCCUCGACACAGGGCUGAAUCUGGUGGAUGAAGAGGCCGCCCUCCUCUCUACAGAGUUUAACCUUUCCAACGUGGACUUUGUUAUCAAAAUUCAGGAGCUUAAAGCUCAAGAAAGAGACGAUGCCCUCUUUGCAUGUGUCCUGACUCACCCACUGCCUAGAAUCACAUGGAUGGGCAAGGGCAGCGUCCUGGAGGAUGGAGAGAAAUACAGCAUAAACGUGUCAGACCACAAACUGAUCCACCGGCUGCUGAUCAAGGACUGCAACCAGCAGGACAAAGGCAUCUAUUCAGCUGUGGCUGGCAUUACGUCCUGCAGUGCCUGGCUGGUUGUUCAAGUCGAGAGUGACCCGGCAUCUGCUGGCAUGAAGAGAGCUCGUAAAACUACCUUGGCUCGUGGAGCACAGAUCGACCUUGAGAAGGUGGCCAGAGAGCAACAAAUAAAAAACCGAGAGGAGAUGGAGAAGAUUUUAGCAGCCGUAAAAGCAAGACACGGAGAAGGACAACUGAAAGUAGGGAAGUCAUUAACCACAAGUGGAAGAGAUGGCGAAAGAAGUGCAGUCACUGGGCCUGGUAAAAACAGCAGAGCAGCAAAAAACGGUGCCCUGUCUGAGCCAACAGGCAGCAAAGCGAAAUCUAAGAUCAAAAUCUCAAGAGGAGACGGCACAGAAACAUUAGAUGCUUCAGGGUGUGUAACACAAGCAGGAGCGCAACUGAUAGUAGAUGACCCCAAGAAAAAGAAACACAUCAGAUUUAGUCAAGCGGAUUUUGACAAGGUAACAGAGCAAGAUCCAAAUGGACUAGCAGGUGACGAUGACGGAAGAUACGGUGAAGCAGGUGACGAUGAAGGAAGAUACAACGAAGCAAGUGGCGAUGAAGGAAGAUACGAUGAAGCAAGGGGCGAUGAAGGAAGAUACGAUGAAUCAAGGGGCGAUAAAGGAAGAUAUGAUGAAGGAAGCUACGAUGAAGCAAGGGGCGAUAAAGGAAGAUACGAUGAAUCAAGGGGCGAUAAAGGAAGAUACGAUGAAGCAAGGGGAGAUGAAGGAAGAUACGAUGAAGCAAGGGGCGAUAAAGGAAGAUACGAUGAAGCAAGGGGAGAUGAAGGAAGAUACGAUGAAGCAAGGGGCGAUAAAGGAAGAUACGAUGAAGGAAGGGGCGAUAAAGGAAGAUACGAUGAAGGAAGGGGCGAUAAAGGAAGAUACGAUGAAGGAAGUGGCGAUGAAGGACGAUACGAUGAAGCAAAUGACAGUGAUGAGAAUGAGGACCCUAAUGGCCAGGUCAAGCAUUCAAGUUGUUUAAAGAAACGCCAGAAGCCACAGAAAGCAGUCAAUGUACCUAACUGCUCACUGUGUGUGUGUGUGUGUGUGUGUGUGUGUGUGUGUGUGUGUGUGUUAGAUCCAGGGGUUCAUUUCAUCUGUGGUCUGUCUGAUGUCAAUGCUAUCAUCAAUGAGUCUGCCGAGUUAACAUGUAAGCUCAGCAGUGAAGACUGUGAGGGAGUCUGGUUCAGAGACGGCAAAAAGAUAUCCCCAGAUGACAAUUUCAGUGUCACUAAAGAUGGUGCAAUCCAUAAAUUAGUCAUAAUCAGGUGCGAGGAAGAGCACUCUGGGAAAUACCGCUUGGAGGCAGAUGGUCGUAAAACAGAGGCAAUAAUUAACGUCAAAGAUCCUCCAAGGUUUGACCCCGAAGACCUCAGUGCUUUCACCGAGCCUGUGACAGUCAAAGUGGGGCACAACGUCAUCUUCAAGCUGCAUUUUGUUGGCCAUGAACCCGUAAAGAUUAGGUGGUACAGAGAGGGAGAAGAGCUUCUUGAUGACAGCAACACAAAGAUCGAGAAAUCUGCAAGUCACAGCCGCUUGCUCCUGAGCAGGUGCCAGAGGAAGGACACGGGAGAGAUCAAGAUUAAGCUCAAGAACGAAGAUGGCUUCAUUGAGGCAAUUUCACAGCUGAUUGUGCUCGACAAACCUACUCCACCCCUGGGUCCUGCAGAGGUAACAGAGAGCUCGGCUAUAUGUGUUGAGUUUAGGUGGAGGCCUCCAAAGGAUGAUGGCGGCUCACCAGUGAUUAACUACAUAAUGGAGCGACAGCAGGUGGGACGAAACACCUGGAAGAAAAUCGGGGAGAUCCCAGGUGUGCCCAGCUACCGCGAUACAGACGUGGACCAUGGCCGCAAAUAUUGUUACCGUAUCCGGGCAGUGACUGCCGAGGGUACGAGUGAAGUGAUGGAGACUGAUGAAAUGCAAGCCGGCACUCUAGCUUUUCCUGGCCCUCCAGCACCUCCAAAGGUGGUCAGCACCUACGACGACUGCAUCAAUGUCUCCUGGGCUUCACCGAGCAAUACGGGAGGUUCGCGUAUCCUGGGCUAUAUUUUGGAGAAACGCAAGAAGGGGAGUAAUCUGUGGACCGUUGUCAAUGCCAUGGAUGAGCUGAUAAAAGAAAAGAAAUAUGCAGUGAAAGAUGUUGUGUCAGGAAUGGAAUAUGAAUUGAGAGUCACUGCCAUAAACCUGUCAGGAGUCGGUGAAUUCAGCAACGCCUCAGAGUUUGUUUUUGCACGGGAUCCAAAGCAACCUCCUGGUAAAGUCACAAGCCUCAGGGUGACAGAAACUUCUUACUCCCACUUGGUCCUGACUUGGACCAAACCCGAGGAUAGACCGGGGAUACAGGACGAAGCGAAGGGAUAUUUUGUUGAGAUUCGUCCUGCAGAGUGCAUUGAAUGGUCCCGCUGUAAUACCACUCUCAUCAUCACGACUUCCUUCAGUGUGAGAGGCCUCAAGCCCAUGGGCAUGUACUGGGUGAGAGUGAUUGCGAUUAAUGAUGGAGGAGACAGUGCUCCCGAGGAGCUGGCCAACUACGUCCUUGCAAUGCCCUCACCUGUGAGGCCAAAGUUCACCAACCACAAGAUGAAGAGCUUCCUGGUGGUGAGGGCAGGAAACUCUGUCAGGAUCACAGUGAACUUUGAGGCCUCCCCACGGCCACAUAUUAUGUGGCUAAAGGACAAUGUGCCAGUGACAAAGCGAGUUACAAUCAGUAACUCUGACGAAUCGUCCCAGCUGCUCAUCCCCACGUCUGAGCGCUCCGAUUCUGGGAUCUACUCCAUUUUGGUGAAAAACCUUGCAGGACAGGAGACAUUCAGUACAGAGGUCAGGGUCACAGAUGAUCCGAAGCCUCCUGGGCCAGUAGAACUGGAUGAAAAUGUGCCCGGCACAGUGACAGUGAUCUGGGAGCCGUCUCCUGAUGAGAAGCGUGAUGACCGCCUCCACUACACAGUGUCCAAACUGGACUGUACCAAACGCACAUGGACCACGGUGGCUGACAGACUCUUCAACAACAAGUUCACAGUGUGCAACAUCAUGCACGGGAGGGAAUAUCACUUCCGGGUGUAUGCCAAAAACGACAUGGGCGUAUCUGCACCGUCAGAGUCGCCAACCUGUUGGACGGAGAAGAAGAAAAAAAAAUUUGUGGUGAGUGUACCAACCAGAAGGGACUGUGAUUUGCGAUGUGCUCCGACCUUCAUUGUACCUCUGAAGCUUCACAAUGCACCCAAAGGCUAUGAAUGCUAUAUGAGCUGUGCAGUGAAGGGAAAUCCCAAACCUCGCAUCACGUGGUAUCGCAACCACAUCAGUCUAAACACUGAUACCAACUACUACAUCUCCGAAACCUGCGGAGUUUGCUCCAUGUCAAUUCUCAACGUAGGCCCCAAAGACAUGGGGGAAUAUUCUAUCAUGGCAGAGAAUUCCCUCGGACGGGCUGAGUGCUCCACCGUCCUCAGCAUCAGAGACUGAAGAAACUGAGGACACCACGAUGUGAUCAGUAUUUAUUUUUAAGGGUUAGAUCUAAUACAUGAUGUUUGAGUUGAAGUGGUUGUGCUGCUUGGAUGUAAUGCACCAUUUGCAAUAAGAAAAAGAUGAUAUGUAUUAAUUGGACUGCUUAUAAAAAUAAAACAUUGACUUGGGUGGUUUGAAAAUGAUUUUACUUUGGAGUUUUCUCUCUCGUGGUUCAAAUCAGAUAAUCAAUGAAUAGCAAGCUUGAUAUAGAGGCCCAGCAGCUUGUACAGCAGAUACAUAACACUAAUGAUACGGUGGCUGUUUGUUUUUCUGUCUCUUGCUCAUGCCACCUGUCAUCUCAC